AUGGAGGCCAAACUGCUGCCUAUCGCUUUAGCAGCGAGCUUCAUCUCGGCCGAGCUGUCGGACGCCACAGCCACCAAAACAAGAGCUCAAGUGAAGAACAAUUCAGGGGUGACCCCCGCUGGUCAGUGUGGCACGUGGGUGAAGGAGCCUGAUGGGGGGUACUUCACCUCACCCAACUACCCUGACAAAUACCCACCUGAGAGGGAAUGCAUCUACAUCAUAGAAGCCUCCCCUCGACAAUGCAUCGACUUGUUCUUCGAUGAGAAGCACUCCAUCGAGCCGUCCUGGGAAUGUAAGUUUGACCACAUCGAGGUCCGCGACGGGCCCUUUGCUUUCUCGCCCAUCAUUGGUCGCUACUGCGGUCAGGAAAUCCCUACGUAUGUUCGCUCCAGUGGCAGGUACCUGUUCAUCAAGUUCGUCGCUGAUGGUGAACUGGAAGCCAUUGGUUUCUCUGCACGCUACAACUUCACACAAGAUCCUGAGUUUAAGGAUCUUGGGGCACUACCAGUUCUUCCAUUGUGUGAGUUCGAGCUGAACGGCCCAGAAGGCUUCGUAGAAUCAACACAGAUAUCCAAGGAGAACCGGGCCCAGCAGAAUGAGGCUGUGGACUGCAGAUGGUACAUCAAGGCCCCUCCGAGGGCCAAGAUCUACAUGCGUUUUCUGGAGUACGAAAUGCACAACUCAAACGAGUGCAAGCGGAACUUUGUCGCCAUCUACGAUGGCAGCAGUUCCGUGGAGCACCUCAAGAACAAGUUCUGCUCCACGGUGGCCAACGAUGUGAUGCUGGUGUCGUCCGUGGGCGUGGUGAGGCUGUGGGCCGACGAGGGCAGCAGGAAGAGCAAGUUCAGGAUCCUCUUCACCACCUUCCAUGCACCUCCGUGUGAAGGUGACACUUUCUUUUGCCAUAGCAACAUGUGCAUCAACCACACCCUGGUGUGUAAUGGCAUCCAGAACUGCGUCUACCCCUGGGAUGAAAACCACUGUAAAGAGAAGCGGAAGGCCAGCAUCCUAGACACGCUGGACAACACCAACCUGACCAUCAUCGGCGUCACCUGCGGCCUGGUCGUCAUCCUGCUGAUCAUCUCUGUCAUCAUCCAGAUCAAACAGCCUCGAAAAAAAUACAUCAUCCGCAGGGACGACUUUGACCCGGCCCUUCUUCACCCCGGGUUCGAGCCUCCUCACUAUGAGCUCUGCACCCUGCGCCGCGCCCCGUCCGGCGACCUGGCCGACGCCGCUCUGGCCGAGGACUUCGAGAAGUUCCACAAGCUCCGCCGCUCCUCCAGCAAGUGCAUUCGCGACCACCACUGCGGCUCACAGCAGGGGAGCGCGCACGGCAGCGUCCACGGCAGCCGCAGCAACCUGAGCGUGAGGGACGCCACCAUCGCCGCGGACGGGGGGGCGCUUAUGCCCCCGCUGCCGCCGGGGAUGGUGAACCAGCAGUCUCCACACCUCUCACAUCACAACACACCAACAGGCCGACGCAGCAUCGUGGUGAUGAAACACAGCUACUCCCAGGAUGGGGCAGACGGGUACAGGGGGGAGGAGGACGACGAGCUGAUGAUGGAUGAUGGUCCCACCACCAGCCACCACCACAUGCACCAUCAUCAGCUUCACCACGGAACGUCAGGGCUGGAUCACGCUGUUCAUCGUACACUGUCUAAUGACUUCUAACAUAUGGUGACACAGAGAAAAAACACUCAAAUAAUAACAUAACAGUUAAAUAUGCAAUGAUAAAUGAGUAACAAUGGGAAGCUAGUAUUGUAGCAAAGAUCGUUUCAUUACAGCUACAAAAUCUAACUUCAAAAUGAGUUUGAAGUAUGAAAAAACAUUUAAUGUGAAGCGUUGCCGAUGUUGAUUUUGACGUCACUGACCUCUUUGAUGAGGCGUAGAAUACGCAGGUCCCUGCUCUUGGUCUAUACUGAAGGCGAAUUAGUCUGGUCUGAAGUGUGAUUGAAGUCAUUACUAACACACAUGAAUGAAUGAUGAUUUUUACAUGUUUGGUUAGUGUAUUUAUUUGUUUUAUAUAUUACAGAUUAUAUAAAAUUCAUAUAAUAUAGUGGAUUGGACCUGCAGCUCUAUAAUUGGUAGUUUAAUUGUAGUGAAAGUUCCCCUUUUUUCUGAUCCCUGCUGUACAUGUACAUUGUCCUGACCUCUGGAAUAGAAUAGGCUGUUUGUGACUGCUCUGUAGUUACCUCUUAUUUCGUGAAAGAAUAUACAUUGCAGGGUUUCCUGCAUGUUUGGAUGUUAUUGCACUGUGUUAGAUUGAAUUUCAGGUACCACAUAUAAUACAGCAUGUUCAUUAUUGUCCAACAAUCAAAAUUUAUUGCAUCAAGCACAGCUCAAAAACCCGAAAGAGACAUCUACUUUGAUACAAUGCUAAAGUUGUUUAUUGAUGUUUAUUUAUGGGUAUUUUUCUCCGCAAUAAAUUUUUGUUUUGCCCUGGUAUU